AUGAGCGACAAUGAGAUGGGUGAAACUGAAGAGACCAGCCAGUGGGAUUCUCCCUUCAAGAACCUUCUGCUUUUGGGCGCCAUCGCUGCUGCCUCUGCAUUCGUGGUCACCAUUCUUAUCGUCUUGGUCUGUGUUGGCUGUCAGAGGAAAAGCAAGAGCAAGCAUCCCCCGGCUGGAGAGAAGGGGACAUCAGUGAAUAUGCAGGGGACUCUUCGGCAUCCUAAACUGAACUCGAUGAGCAAAUCUGACACCAGGCUGCAUGAGAUUAAUCGCUUCCCCUGCAAUGGAAACUUCAGUAAAAGUCGUCCCGCCAGCAUGGACCUCCUGCUGCUGCACAGUCGCCGCUCCCAGACCGACCUGAGACCUUCCCACGGACGGCAGCUGCCCCAGAUCCCCACCACGCCUCCGGAGAGCGGCCAGGAUAGCGGAGGGGAGGCCGGGGGAGAGCCGGAGACGGGACUAGGGGGAGGCGGAGGGGGAGGAGAGGCCAGAGACCAUACGUACACAGAGGUGGGCGUAAGAAACAACCCCACCCCGACCCACGCCCUGGAUGACGGGCUGUACGAGAGCGUGGGGGUGAGGGAGGCCGAGGGGGCGGGGCAUAAGGUCCCCUCGGCUCCGCCCUCCAUUCUCUCCAACUCACCUGCCUCAGUCCGAGCUGCCAACAGCCCCCCUGCCCUGGCCAAUGCAGCUCGAGGAGCAAAUCCCUUUGGGACAAAUGGCAGAGGAAACGGCAGGAUGAACGGCGGCAGUGGGACCGUUCCUGGAAGAGGGAGUAACAUGAGCGGCGUGAACAGGUCUCCUCUGUCCUCCGUCAACUCCCUGACCAACCAGGAGCCCGGCGCAGUGGAGUACGCUUCAGUCCGCAAGUUCAGAAAGGUUGAAAAGUCAAGCAGGAAGGAGAAUAAUGGCGGUGAUAGCCAGUCAGACCAGUCCAGUGUGAGCGACUCCCCCUCUGCUCCUCCUCUCCAUCGUAGUCAGGAGUUUCCACGGAAACCUCUGGAGCCAUUCCACAUCCCGUUCCCAAAGCCCAAAACGAGUGUGGAGGCUGUGUUCAUGGGUAAUGGAGAGCAGUACAUCUGGAAGCCCCCGGAGGAAGAGGAGAUCAUCACCCUGCACCCACCUCCGCUCCGAGGGGACAGCAUACAGGGCCUCCCCCCACCCCCCAGUGCAAAGGAGAUCGCAGAGACGUACUCCAUCGUGUGCAAGAACCAGAGAAAGAAGCCUCCGAUGGAAAACAAUGGUGCUAAAACCCUGCCGCGCUCGUUCGGAGGCGGCCGGGGCAAAGGCCGAGGCGUGCAGGUGCAGGCCCGCUCCCAGGAAGAGCCCUGCUACGAGGUGAGCUCCUGGUCCACAUGCGCCGUGGCCGAAUCCGAGCCUUUGUACACCAACGACAGCCACAGAAGACGCGAGCAGCCCGGUAAUAAUAACACCACGGCGAUCGGGAGUGCCACGCUGAAGAGGAAGAAGCAGCAGCAGCAGCAGUUGGUGGUUCCUCCUCCAGUGGUUCCUCCUCCAGUUCCUCCAGCUCCUCCAGCUCCAGGCCAGGGCUCCGGACCGGCUUCUCUGCCCGUCCGAGGCAUGCCCGGCGGGGAACACUUCUACGAGAGCAUCGGCGACGUGAAAACCGGAGCUACCAGCGCCAGUACGACCACCAUAUUCACGUUCAACGACGGCAUGGAGAUGUACGUGACCGGACUGUAG